AUGGACCCUCUCCAAGAGGAUGUCUAUACCGACUUCGUUCGACCAGAGAGCAUGGUUGGCCUGGAACCAACAAUGUCAAGCGAGUUCCACCGGCUGUAUCGAUGUGAGCCUGCGGGCAAGGCUGAUCUUCAACAGAGUCUCUCGCAGAGCGGUGCGCCAGAACGCACUCUGAGUCGCAAACAGGCACGUCAAUUUGCGUUGCCCUCUAAUCCAGGGACCUUCACAAGCUUAGCAGACGUCGAUGAGCUGCCGGACUCAAUCUCGGAUGUGCCCGAUUGGGACUUCAUCCUCAAGAAUCCGGUAGCCGCGGAGCGUCCCCGAAAUAGCGAUUGCCCAAGCCUCUUCACCGGAAGCACAAUCAGCAGUCGGAACUCGUCAACAAGGUCCGCAAGGUCGAUCAAAUGGGAUGCCUUGGAGGCACAGGACAAGGGCGUGUGUCCAUACCCUGAUUGUGGUCGAGUUUUCCGUGACCUUCCCGCACACCUACUCACUCAUCAAGCUGAGCGGCCCGAGAAAUGUCCCGUUGCGAACUGCGAAUAUCGCAUCAAAGGCUUUGCUAGGGCUUACGAUCGGGUUCGGCAUACACUUAGCCACUUCAAAGAAACCAUGGUGUGCGGAUUCUGUCCCACGACUACCUUCAUCGCAGAGAGAACUUUUAAUCGCUGCGAUGCCUUCCUCAAACAUCUGGUCACCGUCCAUGGUGUCGAGCAAACACUAGCUGGUCGAAAGGAUGAUGUUUAUGGGGAGAGGAAUAGGACACAGAAACAUCUGACUAGUCAGAGGGUUGCAACGUGUGGACUGUGUUCGGAACCAUUCGAUGCCCAAGGGUUUUAUGAACACCUUCGAGGAUGUGCCCUUCGCCAAAUCACAAGAAGCUGCACAGUUGCCCAAUUAAUUGAGGGCCAUCAAGAAACAAAGAGCCCCCCAAAAGGAAAUGAACUUGGCGACGACCCUGUUCCUACUGCAUCCUAUGGAUCUCUACAGAUUCCCCGCACGCCAGAGCAGCUAUAUGCCCCUUCCACGCGACCACGGUCGCCCCUGGCUUCGAUCGAGGGUUUAGAUUCCCCUGUUGCGCCAAAGUCGCAGUAUCACGAUCCAGAGAGCAAAGAGAUAGCUGAACUCACGGCAUCAUCACGCUGCCUGUCUCUCACCUCUUCGCAGGAUGAAGCUGUGAAAUCUUCCGACGAGGAGACGGACUGGACCGAAGAUAUGGGUUCUCCAGACAGCGUAACAGAUGCCGAGAGCCUCCGGCCAAUGCUGUCUCCAAUCAAGCAGCAACUUGUCAAUCGCCUCAUGAAAGAGUUUCAUUGCAUAUGCGCCAAGAUGUUUCGUACGCAUCACGGUGCUGGCACUGCCGGCAGCGCGGGCUCGGGAUACUACACAGGAUCGAGCGGAUCGUCAACCUAUUCCAGCUCGUCUUUCGUCUCCCGUAAACGAAGUCUAAGCGGCGGCAGCUCACCUCCUCCGGAUGACAACGGAGAUGACUCGAACAAGCGUAGAAGACCUGACCCCAAGCACAGCGCUGGCAAGCACAGUGUGCCCGAAUUAAGGUUCGCGUGUCCCUACUACAAGCGAAAUCCUGGGCGGCAUCAGACCUUCACAUCUUGUCGCGACCCUGGGUUCAUUACCGUCGCACGACUCAAAGAACACCUCUACCGUCGCCAUCUUCUACCAAUUCAGUGCAACCGUUGUUGCUCGACGUUUGCCAAUGAGCCUACCCUCCGCGAACAUCAACGCGAUCCUCGUGGCUGCGAGAUCAAAGAACAGGUACCACUUGAAGGCUUUGAUAAGGAUCAAGAACGGAAGUUGAAGAGCAAAAAGCGCAGUCUGGUUUACCAGAGUGAGGAAGACAAGUGGAAGGGUGUAUAUCGUAUCCUGUUCCCAGACGACAACGAUGUCGAUAUGCCGUCGCCUUACAUUGAAUACCAGCCUUGCGCGAACGGCGGGCCGACAGGAGAGUCGCCCAAUAUUGCACGCUUCCAAGAGUUCUCCCGACUUGAACUACCGCGUUUGGUCCGUAGAACACUAGAAGUGACCAUCGAAGAAGAAGCGCAGCCGUUGGAGGAGAAGCUGAAAGAGCGUCUCGUUGACAUCGUGCGGGAUUGCCAGACGCAACUCAUAACUCUAUUCCAAUCUACCAUGACUCGAAGUGCAAACUCGUCAGCGCUUUCGCUUUCACAACUCCGGAUACCAGAAACCGAAAAUGUCGUGGAGCCUUCAAUUGCGACGAGGAUCGUUCCAGUGCAUGGCACACAACAGCAUCCGGGUCCAGCGGCACCUUUCCACAACUUUGACUCUAUACAGACAUCUGAUACGGCAGACUACAUGGCUAUUCCUGCGCAGUACCCAGAGCAUGAGCCAAUGGUCACAAAGCACGAGGCAUCACCACCCGUCGAAGGCGGAGGGAGCACGCCCGACUCAGGGUACGAUUCCACCUGGCAUGCUGCACCUUUGCCACCAGAAAAUUACAUCCAGAAUCAGGGCAACUUCACGCAUACACUUCCGUUUGCACCUACGGCACACCUUCCGCAGCAUCAGGCCCAGCCUGCAUAUAACUCUGGGCCUAUGUUUGUAGAGUCGGACUACGUUGAUUUGGGAGGGUACUACGGGUUGUUCCAGAGUCGGAAUGCUGGGUUUGAUGCGGGCAUGAUGGAUCCGUCGUGGGCGUAUCUGGAUAGUGCAGGUAGUGAUGGAAGUGGGAAUGGACUGGGGCAUGAACAUGGCCAUGGCCAUGGGCGCGGGAAUGGGGCGGUAAUAUAA